GUGUAACAGAAACGUACGUUAGUCUAAAUAUUUGCGUGUAACUAAACAAAUAAUAUUAAAAGCAAGUACUUAAAUAUAAUCUACAAUGCAAACAAGUGUAUUAAAAGUUUUAAUAGACAUAUCCUCAGCCAAUUGUGACAGUGAUAAAGUAAAAUAUAGUGAAAAUGCACUGAAACUGUUUUGGGAAUUGCCCCGUGACGAAUAUUUUCAAGAAAUUAAAUAUGAUUCUUUCAAAGGUGCUAUUGAAAAGCAGUGGAAACAAUUUUGUCAUUGUUAUGAAGAUUAUCAGAAAGAUUCGGUUAAAAACAUAACGUUUCACGUAUUUAAUAAUGUUUUUUUUGUCACAAAUCAGAGAGAAAGGUUUCAAGCAUGGGAAAGUAUAGUGAAUUAUGCCUAUGACUCUCUGGUUCAAUACCUAGCUCAAUCAAAGCUUCAUUCUCUCAUUAUGACCAAACCAGAAUACAAAAGCUUGGUAAGAGAUCUUCUUCCUUUCGUAAAACUUAAUGUAGCUCUUAAAUCCCUAGAAUUGCCUUCUAAAAAUACUAUAACAUUAAAAUCUAUGCUUCAAGAGCUGAAUGAGCAUAUAGUCUCGCCUGUACUAUCAAGAGAAGAUUGCUACGAGAUAAUUGCUGCAAAAUUAGGAACAAAUGAUGUAGAUCUAAUAAGUUUUGAAGUUGAUUAUUUGGAUUCCAGCAUGGGUUUCAUGGGAGAAUACGCAAAACUAAAAAUCCUUGUCUGUCGCUUCCAAAAAGAAGAAACUCAUAAGUUUUUCAUCAAGCUCGUGCCACAGGUCAUUGAUGAAUUAAGAGGAGGUUGGCUUAAAAUAUCUGUCAGAAAAGAAGCUGAGCUGUACCUGCGAUUUAUAGCGUUAGCAAGGAAAUUGGGUUUCGAAAAAGUUAGUAAGUUUGCACCUGAAUGUUAUCUACAAUCUCAGUCAUUUCUAGCUUUUGAAGAUGCUGCGGUGGAUAAUUACCAAUCUCCACCUUUGGUAGACUUGGACUAUAAACAUCUUUCAAUUGCUUUCAAGGAAAUGGCUAAACUACACUCCACUUCCCUUUUAGUCGAACAUAAGUUAGCCACUUUAACGGGUACAAAGAAGACUUUGGAUAAGUACUUUCCAGAGAUGCUCACAGAAAUGUUUAUCCAUGACUCAUCUGAUCCGUUUACUGCCUGUAAUUUACGAAGUAUGCAGAAAGAAGCAGCACGGUUUCCAGAAAUUGUUAAAGAUAUGUCUAUGGAGGAGUUCCAGAACAGAAUUAAAACUCAUGUAUACUCGAAGAUAUACUCAGGCUUUAGAAAAUCCAAAAAGUACGUAAACGUCAUUUGCAAUGGGGAUGUCUGGUGGAAAAAUAUGAUGUUCAAAUGGGAUGGGAAUAAAAACCCUACAGCUUGCUAUUUGAUCGACUUUCAAAUGUGCAGAUAUGUACCACCAGCUUUGGAACUACUGGUGCUAACUCAGGUGUGUACAAAUAUAGAAACGAGGCAAAAGUACCUGCCAAAACUUCUGGAUGAAUAUUAUAACCAUGUAAAGACAAAUUUGGAACAAUAUGAGGUUAACAUUGAAGAAGUCUUUCCUUACAACGAUUUUAUUUCCUCAGUGGACGAGCUUAAACCUUGUGCUGUUUAUAUAGCUACUCAGAACCGUUCUGUUAUUUUUAUACCCUCAGAAAGACUGGAAAAGAUGAAGUCCAGUCCAGAAGAAGCUUUGCAUUUUUAUACUGUCGAGAAGGAGUACUUAUAUGAUGAGGUUUGGAACCAAAUGCCCCUUCAUAGAAUUAGAGAAGACUUUCAAGAACUAUAUUGGCUUUGUUUAAAAGAUUGAUGUAUUAUAUAUUUGUAUCUACAAAGCGUGGAUUUAUUGUAAAUUUUUGUUAUAAAAACUAAUGAAUAUGUUAAAAUGACAAACGUUAUAAAUUUUUGACAAAUUUAAUAAUUAUUAUAAAAUGAUAGUGAGUAAAAAGAUGUAAUA